AUUAACAAUAAUUUAAUUGUAAUUAUGUGUGAAUUCAUUCGAUUUAAAUUAAGUAAUGGUUCUAUUCAUGGUAUAAGUUUGAAUAAUUUAAGAAAACAUCCAAAUAGUUAUUUAACAAAAUUAGUUGAAAAGGAAAGAAAACAUUCAUCUCGGACGUCCUAAAUCUGAACAGAAAAAAUUUCACAAAAAACGAGGGAAGAAGCGUAGUGCUUAUUUAUGCAGACAUUUGACCAAAUAGUGAAAGUGUUUUUAAUUUAAUUUUUCUUCAAAGUGCAUAUAUAUACUUUGAAAUGUUGUUUGAACUGUUGUUCUUCGUUGACCGUCGAAGUUCUUUUAUACGACUUGAAAAAAUUUGGAAAAUUUUGGUUACAAAAUAGACUAAAAUGAACAAAUAUGGAUUUCAGGAUUCAAAAUAAAUUUUUUAAAAUGCUUAGACAUUAGACAUUGAUCUUUGAUUCUAAAAGUUAAUCAUACAGGUUAACUAUAACAUGUAAGUCGCUGUGAUGAACAUCGUCUUUUGGACGCAGGAAUAGCAUAAGAAGUAUCACUGGGCAAGAAACGAUAAAAAAAUCGAAAAAUGAUCAGCUUUUAUUAUAACAUCCUUUCUGAAUGAUUUCAAAUAUUACAGACAGGAACAACUUUUAUUAUUGACGAAGAUCCAUUAAUAUUUGAAGCAAUAUUACAUUUUUAUCGCUAUGAUCGCUGGCUAUUUCCAGAAAACUUUGCUAAAAAUAUUGAGCAAUCAAUUCUUCAUGAAUAUGAUUUAACAGAACAAUUAUGUAAAAAAUCACAAGCUCCACAUGUUCCAUCUUAUGUUAUAUUAAAAAGAUUACCGUUAUCUGAUAAACCGGGUAGUCUCUCAUAUACAAUAGUAGAACCGGAUGUGAAUGCUAUUUCUAAAUUAUUUAAGUCUUCACAUUUAAGGGGCAAGAAUGAUCAAAUAUUAAAACUUAAUUAUGUUAGUGUUAUUAACAUUUUAUGUGAAAAUGGUUAUGUUAUAGAAACAUGGAAUGAAGAAAAACAAUAUGUAAUAUUAAAAAGAUGA